AUGUCGGGUCUAGGUGCGAGUGCAGAGUUUGCGGUGAGUAUCCCGACGCUUGCAGACUGCUGGAGAUCAGAAGAAAGAGGCUACUCUUUUGCAAUAGCAACAUUUGUACCCUUACUCGGUCCGGCCCUCGGCCCCAUCCUCGGCGGUGUCAUCACAAACUCUGUCGGCUGGCGCUGGCUGUUUUGGGUCCUGUCCAUCUUUGACGGACUCUUGACCGUGGCUGCCAUCUUCUGGUUCCCUGAAUGCUACGAGCAAGUUCUCCUCCACUGGAAAGCAACGAAACUGCGCAAGGAAACUGAUCGUCCCUACCACACGCAGUGGGAUAUCCACUCGCAACCCCUGGCGAUCAAGCUGAAGCGAAGCAUUUCCCGCCCCUUCUGGAUGCUCGCCACGCAGCCCGUCCUACAAAUAAUAUCCAUCUUCCUGGCCUACAACUUUGGCACACUCUACCUUGUCCUGACUGAAUUCGCAUCUGUCUGGACCGAUCGUUACCACCAGUCAGUGUCCGUAAGUGGGCUCCAUUAUAUCUCCCUUGUCGUCGGGUCUACAAUUGGAUCCCAAAUCGGCGCCCGAGUUACCGACAGAUUGUGGGCGUAUCUGAAGCAGAGGGCCCACGGAGAGACUGCGCCAGAGUACAGAGUGCCUCUUCUACUUCCAGGCUUGUUCUUCAUUCCUGCCGGUCUGUUCAUGCACGGAUGGGCAGCGCAAGCCCGAGCUCCCUGGAUUACCGUGGAUAUCGGAGCGGCGUUUUUCAACCUGGGCACGAUCAUGAGCACGCAGUCGUAUCAGCAGUAUGUCAUGGAAGCCUUCCAGGGCCAUGUCGCCUCGGCGAGCGCGGCCAGCCAGUUUUUGCGGAACAUCUUUGCGUUCUGCUUUCCUCUAUUUGCGCCGGCCAUGUACGACCGUCUCGGCCACGGAUGGGGGAAUAGCUUGCUGGCGUUUGUUUUUCUGGGAUUGGGCGUUCCCGCCCCUAUUAUCUUGUGGAGAUACGGUGCGCGGCUCAGAGACAGGGGAAAGACGAUGCUAUAG